AUGAAGAACCCUGUAGAAUAUAAUAAGACACAACACCGAAAGGAACAGUUGACAACAAUUAAAUAAGCAACUUCUGUAUGGAUACAGGGAAAUUAAAAUAUGACAGAAAUGUUUGGGCUGCGAAAUGACGUCACCAGGCUGCGUCUGCGCACAGACGCUGGGCGUGCUGCGUCAUCACGAGUCCAUAGCAACUGUGAUUGGAAUGAUAUUCGCAGCUGAAGGUCGGGAUGGUUUAACGGGAUGGCGGAGAAGCAUCGCGCCGGUGUCGAGAUCAUGUCCGACUCCAAAUCUGCCAGAGCUGCGGGCGACGAGCAGCUGCUGUCGCAGUCCGGGGUGAGCGCGCUGCUCCGGGGAGCCCUGCUCCGGCUGCUCGAGUCCAGACCCGAGGAUCCCGUCGGGUUCCUGGCCGAACACUUCGCUCAUCUGUCGUCGGAGGCUGAAGACGGAGCGUCGGAGCGUCAGAGCGUCAGCCGCGCUCUCUGGCACCUGAGCCUCGCGCAUCACUCGCACAGGUCAGCGUUUAACAACAACGUGCGUGUGGCGUAUGAGCUGCUGACGCAGGGCGUCCCGCGUCGUCUCAGUGCCGGCGGUGUUCGCGGGCGUCUGUAUUCAGAGAUGCUCCGGUGUCUGUGCAGUGAAGGCGGACUCUCGGGCUCCACCGCCGCUCCGCUCCUGCGCCGCGUCCAGAGCCACGACUACGAGUCCGUGCCCUUCGAGCUCUUCCGGCAGGGCGUCCUGACCUGCGCCGUGUUCGCAGACUACAUCCGGAAGUCUCAGUGUCUGUACGCGGCGGUGGCCAGUGCUCCGGACCGGCCCGCAGAGAGGACGCUGUGCCACGCGGUACUCUCCACCCUCCGCGAUGCUCUGGAGACGGCGGACGGCAUUGACGUGGCACGAUAUCUGGAGGCCAGCGCCAAGAUCUCUCCCGCUAAAGUGGCUCAGGCCAUGGCCGAGGUCCAGCCGCGCGCGCAGAGACACGACGGACCCACGAUGGACGCACAGGAGUUUGAAGACGCCGCCGCCGCGCUCUUCAUCGCGCGAGUGCGAACCGUCACCUGAAGCUCCGCGUGCAUCAUCAUCACCGAGCAUAUUGCACAAACAACAGCGUAUCGAAACCGUUGCGUCAUAUUGCAUUCAAGCUUUAACAUUUAGAUGUCUGGUGUUCCAGCACAAAUAUCUAAAUAUUCUUAAAUCAAGAUGCAAAAUGGCAAGAUAUUAAAUCUAGACUAAUGACAAAAUGAUCAAAAAAAGGGAACGCAAACAGAAAAUGAACCUAAUUCAAGGGUAAAACCAGAUUAUUUUUUCCAGACAUAUGUGACCCUGGAGCACAAAACCAGUCAUAAGGGUAAUUCAUUUUUUUUUUAUUAAACAAGAACAGACAAAACACAAGGCAGAAUCAAGACUACAGAAUAACAAGACAUUAGACAAGGACUCGGUGACACAUACUCAGACACACCGGGUAUAAAUACACAGAAGGUAAUGAGGGAACUGGAGACAGGUGGGGAAUAAUCAAUUAACCCAAACAAGGAGGAAGGUGACCAAA